AUGAGUCUCUCCUCGGCACCAUUCCGACCUGCACCCAUGCGUCUGCCAAGCUUUGCCGAACUCAAUGAGCGCCUGAGUCUAUCAUCUGGAAAAGCAUCAUUUUACGACAGUCGAGACCGGCCCGUGCUGCCAUCACCUUCGGACCUCGAGCGACCCUCGGUGCAAAGCGCUCGCUACGCCGGCAAGUUCACAGCCCUCUCUGAGCCAUCCCCAGAGACACGGGAUGGUCACCCCUACGCAGCGAAGACCACCACGCCAUCAGCUACUGAGGAAGGUCGUGGACUUACUUCGGGCUGGUUGCCGAUUGACGACCCAGGCAGGAGCACUGGUACAAGCCAACAUAUCCGACGAGCAACGAACCCGACGUAUGACCAGCCAUCGCCUCAGUACAGCUGGUCGCCUCGUCAACAAUCUCCUCCGUGGAACUCGUCUCCCUCAUCUGCAGGGCCAACGCCAGUGUCCAGCUCGUCUGGCGCUCACGCCCGAUAUCACCCCUUCCGAAGAGCCCCUUCAUAUUCUCCGGAGCACAAUCAUCCACCUCAGAUGAAUGGCGCACAAUACCAGCAGUCCUACCCACAAUCGCCGUCGCUGCACUCUCCACCUUUGCUCCACCAUCAACACCACUCGCAUGCCAGCAUGAAGAAUGGUGCCGACGGUCUUGACGGCGGAUCUUCUGGUCAAGGCUCCUCGGCUAUCCCUCGUCGAAGAGGCAAGUUGCCCAAGGACGUCACCGAGCGACUCAAGACCUGGCUGAUGGAGCACGCUUCGCACCCAUACCCAAAUGAGGACGAGAAGAGGCGCCUAUGCAUGCAGACUGGUCUCAGUAUCAGUCAAGUCUCCAACUGGUUCAUCAAUGCCAGGAGAAGGAUCUUGGCGCCGCAAAUGAGCACAUCGGCUCCUGCUAGCGCGGGAGGUAUGAGUUCGCUAGCGGAGCGAGAGCGACACCUCCAAUACGGACAGCCUCAUCAGCACCACGAUCAGCACUACUCGAACCAGAGCAAGUAUCCCUAUCACCAUCAACAACACCCCCACGUGCACUCGUACGCAGGGCAAUACGCCAGUCCAGACCCGCGCCGUACAGUCACUAGCGGUAUCGUUGGAAGAAGAGGCUCAGACGGGCUCGUAGAGGAUAGGAGCCCCAUCCUCACCCAUUCCGAAGACGAGUAUCGAAGACGAUGA